AUGGCUGAGGCAAAAGAGCUGGAGUUUGUUCACAACGUGUACAACGAAAUCGCACCUCACUUUUCACAAACUAGAUACAAACCUUGGCCAAUAGUAACCAGGUUUUUGCAGGAGCAGGGAACGGGAAGUGUCGGGAUAGAUGUGGGUUGUGGGAACGGUAAGUAUUUGGACAUUAACAAAAACGUGUUUAUAAUCGGGUCAGACCGGUCGUGGCGACUUGUGGAGCAUGCCCACGAGCGUGAUGCUCAUUGCAACGUUGUGGUGGCAGACGGCAUGCGUCUGCCUCACAGGGACAACAGUUUUGAUUUUGCCAUUUCUAUAGCCGUAGUACACCACUGGUCGACCCGUGAACGCCGCGUGGAGGCCAUUGCACACAUUCUCAGUAAAGUUAGAUCUGGCGGAUCGGCUUUGAUCUACUGCUGGGCCUUGGAACAGGCCGGGUCGCGCCGAGGCUACCACGAGGGCAUGGAACAAGACGUAUUGGUACCGUGGGUUUUGCAAGGGAAACACGCGAAGCCCCAACACGCUGAAAUCAAGAAGGAUGCCAAGAAUAUCAAACCUAAGGGUCCGGAUUUGAGCAAGGUACCACCGCAAGAACGUGCGCAGGUAGUGGCACAGUGGAAGCUCGAGCAGGAGGCUCUAAGGGCUGAACGCAACAGGUUAGAAGCAGAGCAGAGCCAAAUGGCCCAUCAAGAACAGGCUGAAAACACCAAAUAUCGCUACUAUCAUCUCUACAAAGAAGGCGAGCUCGAACAGGAUUGUAUCAGCGCUGGAGGUAAGAUUCUUGAGACUGGCUAUGAGAAGGAUAAUUGGUAUGUAAUUGUACAGAGGCAAUGA